GAAAAACCCCGAGUGGCCCGUUUUCAUGGCUGGACUCCCGUGCAGAGGCGAAGGGGAAGCGAUAUUCUUUACUGCGCGAGCACAUGCCAGCCAUGCAAGGGGCAUCUGAUAAUGACUCCGAGUCGCUAAACGGUUAUAUGGGUCCGUCAAGAGAUGCAUGGGGUGUUUUGGGAGCCGAUGAGGUCUCUUUAAAACUGAGUAUUGGGAAAGAAAAGUCCGGGGGAGGCCUGGGCCUUCAGCUACCUUGAACACGGGCAACCCCUAGUUUUGAACGGUUUAUGGUAUAUAGGUACAUACUCGAACACCAUGUCAGAGCCGGUCUUGGAAAAGAGGUCAAAGAAACCUGGCCGCCCCGACUACAAAGCUAAGCUUGAUGAAGCCGCGGAUCAAGAAAAGAACCCUCCCCAAGAACAGCAACAAGGCGGCCUCGUAAACAAGGUAUCGCAAUACGUGCCAACCGUGGGGAGGAUGCUCGGGGCUCAGGAACAGGACCCAGGUCGAGAACCAUCACCAGCAAAGAAUGUACCUGGACCUCCAAACCGGCCAGAGAACGACGCACAGAUCGAAGAGUUUCUCAGGGACCAGCACAGCAGCAAAAAGAUUGUGGGCAUAGAGGAGCCAACGCAGGCGUAGAUAAAUGGCGAGCCCAAAUCACAAGCAUGAAGUUCUCAAUAUGUCGAGGCCGCAGCUUGGGAAUGUUAAAAUCCUGCGUCUUUCUUUGCCGGUCACAACUUCACAUUUCCAACGACGGGACAGACUGGCGGUCACUUUUAC